AUGAUUGAUAACAAGGUUUCUGUAUGCAGUGUUGGAAAGGUGGUUAUCACUGAAGUCGCCACCUUUGCAUCCCAUCCUCUGUACAUUGACAGGAAAACCGCUUUGACCAUGAUUAGAUCAACGCGAGCGGCCUCUCGGCUUCGGCUAGGAGCUCGUUACUAUGCGUCACACGCCCCCUAUGGCGUGCUUUCCGAACAUUUGAAGCGCACCCCUCGAACCAACUCUCAACACUACUAUCCUCCUCCUCAAGGAGCCCACGACCUUCCCAAGGUGUCCAGCAUGGGAGAUUCCAUCGCGAGCAUUGUUCGAGGACGAGAGUUGUGGGUCCAGGAAAAGGACAAGUCCGACAAGCCAGAGAAAUCUGACAAGCCCGACAAGACUGAUAAGACCGACAAGGACAAGCCUGAGAAACAGGACAAAGACAAGACCGACAAGCCCGAGAAGACCAAGGUGAGCCACACCCCGUCAUCCACUGCAUCCACCGGAGCCGGAGAAGCUGCUGCUCCUCCUUCUGCGCCUCCCUCGGGCUCGGGAUCAUCGUCUUCUUCUGGAGGAGGGUCUCCACCUGCCAAGAAGAAGAAGAGCCCUGCCCAGACCUAUCCCGAGAUUUUGGCGGUGCCCAUCAGCGACCGGCCUCUGCUUCCUGGAUUUCAUCGAGCCCUGGUCAUCCGAGACCCGAACGUGAUGAAGGCUAUUGACGAGAUGAUCACCCGAGGCGAGCCAUACCUGGCAUGCUUCUUCCUCAAAGAGUUUUCCAACGCAGACGUGAUCCAGGACGCCUCCGAGGUACACGACAUUGGAGUUAUUGCUGAGAUCCAGAUCCAGUCGCAGGACCACAAGCGAUCCACCGUCGACGCCUCCAACGAGCCUGUCUAUGUGCUCAUACUCUACCCCCACAAGCGAGUACGACUCAACUCGCUUAAAAACCCUCCUUCCAGCGGCGGAGCUGUGUCCUAUGCCUCUGUGUCCGAAGACGUGGCUGAGGACGGAGAGCUGCUGCUGACUAGCAAGGAUCUGGAGGGGUACUCGGAGGAGUUUCUGGAGGCCCGAGAGGAAGCCAAGAAAGCUAAGAGUGGCAAGACUGAGGAUUCCAAGCACGAUUCCAAGGUUACUUCCAAGGACGGCAAGGAGACCACCGAAAAGUACGACUCUUCAACUCUUCAGGAGUCCCCUUACUCUUUUCUGUCCACCUACGAUGUGUCUACAGCUGCCAUUUCUCUAAUUGAGGACAAGCCCCACGACAAGAACAACAGGGUCAUCACUACAUUGACAAAUGAGAUUCUCAACGUGUUCAAGAUGCUGCGGGCUGAAGACGCCACUCUUCGAGAACAGCUGUCGAGUGUCGUGGGCGAUAUUCUGCGAACCGAGCCUGCAGUUCUUCAGGAGCCCGGUCGGCUGGCUGACUUUGCCGCGGCUCUGUGUGCUGGCGAAGGAAAGGAGAUCCAGGCUGUUCUGACCGCUCUGGAUCUCGAGACUCGUCUCAACCGGGCUCUGAUUUUGCUCAAGCGAGAGCAUACCAAUGCCAAGCUGCAGCAGAAGAUUGCACGGGAUGUGGAGAACAAGCUCAACAGCAAGCACAAAAAGUUCCUGCUGACCGAGCAGAUGAAGGCCAUUAAGAAGGAACUCGGGGUUGACGACGGCAAGGAGAAGCUGGUGGAGAAGUUCAACGAGCGGGCCGAGAAGCUGGACAUGCCCGAAAACAUCCAGAAGGUGUUUGAGGAGGAAAUGACCCGGCUGCAAUCCAUGGAGCCCUCGUCCAGUGAGUACUCGGUGACCCGAAACUACCUGGACUGGAUCACCCAGAUCCCCUGGAACAAGACGACCGAGGACCGGUUCAACCUGCCCCAGGCCAAGGAUGUGCUGGAUUCCGAGCAUUAUGGCAUGAAGGAAGUCAAGGAUCGCAUUUUGGAGUUUAUUGCCGUGUCGCGCAUGAAGGGCGGUCUUACUGGUAAGAUUCUGCUGCUGCAGGGUCCUCCCGGUGUUGGAAAGACCUCCAUUGGAAAGUCCAUCGCCAAGGCACUCAAUCGGCAGUUCUACCGAUUCUCUGUCGGAGGAACUAACGAUGCCUCUGAAGUCAAGGGUCAUCGACGAACAUACGUCGGAGCUAUCCCUGGUCGACUUGUUCAGGCUCUCAAGCAGACACAGACAGAAAAUCCUCUGAUUCUGAUUGAUGAGAUUGACAAGCUAUCGUCUUCGCGAACUCAGGGAGACCCCGGAGCUGCUCUUCUGGAGGCUCUGGACCCCGAGCAGAACAACGCAUUUCUGGACCACUACCUGGACGUUCCCAUUGAUCUGUCCAAGGUGCUGUUCGUGUGCACCUCUAACGAUCUGUCUACAAUCCCCUGGCCGCUGCUGGACCGAAUGGAGGUAAUUGAGAUGAGUGGAUAUGUGCCCGACGAGAAGCUCAACAUUGCCAACCAGUACCUUGUCCCCCAGUCCAAGAAGGAGACUGGUCUGGAGAAUGUUAACGUUCAGGUGACCGACGAUGCCAUCAAUGCCCUUAACCGACAGUAUUGUCGAGAGUCUGGAGUUCGAAACCUCAAGAAGCACAUCGAGAAAAUUUUCCGAAAGGUGGUUGUCAAGAUCGUGGGCGAGUAUGGCCAGGACGAGGUUGCUGCUGAAAAGAUUAUUGACGUGGAGCCUGUGGAGAAGGAUAAGGAGUCUGCUGAGAAGAAGACCACGAAGUCCAAGUCCAAGGAGGUCAACGAGGAACCUGCUGCCAAGGAGGAGAAAGACAAGGCAACUGAAUCUGCUGAGUCAUCUGAGACCAAGGUGGGCACGAAGGCUCCUCCUGUCACGGUCCCCGAGGACUACAGCCUGACUAUCGAUGAGAAGGAUUUGUAUGACUAUGUCAACUCUCCCCCUUACUCGUCCGACCGAAUGUUUGAGGAUCCUCCCCCUGGAGUCGUCAUGGGUCUUGCCUACUCUCCUCUUGGAGGCUCUGCUUUGUACAUUGAGUGUAUUCUGGAUGGAGGUCUUUCUGCCGACUCAUCUGCUCGACUCUCGUCGACUGGUAACCUGGGUAACGUCAUGAAGGAGUCUACCAACAUUGCUUACUCGUUUGCGAAGUCGUUUAUGAUCCGAAACUUCCCUGCCAACCGGUUCUUUGAGCGAGCUGGCAUCCAUCUGCAUUGUCCAGCUGGCGCCAUUUCCAAGGAUGGGCCAUCGGCCGGAUGUGCCGUUGUGACUGGUCUGCUGUCUCUGGCUCUCAACCACCCCAUUGACUCUUCCAUUUCCAUGACCGGUGAGAUUUCGCUGACCGGUAAGGUGAUGAAGAUUGGAGGUCUCCGAGAGAAGGCUGUUGGAGCUCACUCUGCUGGAGCCAAGACCAUCAUCAUUCCCAAGGACAAUUCUGGAGACUGGGACGAGCUUCCUGACACCGUCAAGGAAGGUCUUACUCCCGUGUUUGCCGGCACCUACCAGGAUGUGUAUGACGUUGUUUUCCAGGGUCUGGAUACCAAGGUGGCCGCUGAGGUGUGGAAGAAGCAAUUUGAUCUGAUUGACCGAAAGCUCGACAAGCGAGGAAGCAAGUGA